UUCCGAACAACUUGGCGGUUGUUUCUAGUCUCGCUUUUUUCUCUCCCACUCAGUCAGUGUUGAGAAAGCACCAGGAGCACCCGUGAGUGUCGGCAUUUACCUGUCAAGAUACGGAAUAACAUUACCAGACUAAUAUUGGGAUAAUUUCUAGUUUCGACUAGCAGACGGAAAAAGAUUUUCUCCACGGUCCGACCAUGGGUUUGAACGGGGCGGCGCGGACGGUAGAGGGGGAUUUAAAUGUCUCUUUCAGCUUCUUUUGAUUUGAAGUGAACGGUCCAGCAGAGCAGAACGGAGCUUCGUUUCUUUGCACGUUUGACCGGGUUAAAAGUUGUUGUUUAUCGUUAACGGUGCAACCAAAUCUUCACACAGGGGUUUGCUCGUUUCGUUUCGUUUUUUGGAGUAUUUGUUUUUUUUCCUGGAGAGCGGAGGUGGCGAACUGAAAGCGACUCACCGAGUCGGGACUGACCACUGGAGUUGGUCCUGAAAAUGGAGGCUGUUAUCGAAAAGGAAUGCAGCGCGUUAGGAGGACUCUUCCAAACUGUGAUCGGAGACAUGAAGAGCAGCUAUCCUAUUUGGGAGGACUUUAUCACCAAGGCUGGCAAACUGCAGUCGCAGCUCAGGGCGACGGUGGUUGCUGUGGCAUCUUUCCUGGAUGCCUUUCAGAAAGUAGCCGACCUGGCAACCAACUCACGAGUUUCAGUCCAAGACCAGCCUGGCCGUGUACAUUUCCUGUCCUCUGUCCAGCCCAGUCCUAGAUCCCAUCCCCGGGAGGAGCUCCGUGGGACCAAAGACAUUGGAUCAGCUUUGACCAGGAUGUGUAUGAGACAUCGUAGCAUAGAGGCCAAACUCAAACAGUUCUCUAUGGGCUUCCUGGAGGGUCUGAUCAACCCGCUACAAGAACAGAUGGAGGAGUGGAAAAGAGGAGUCAACACUUUGGAUAAGGACCAUGCUAAAGAGUAUAAAAGAGCCCGGCAGGAAAUAAAGAAGAAGUCCUCAGACACACUGAAACUUCAGAAGAAAGCAAAGAAAGCUGAUAAUCUAGGUCGUGGUGAUUUCCAACCCCAGUUGGACAGCGCCAUGCAGGAUGUCAGUGAUAAAUACAUUCUGCUGGAGGAGACGGAGAAGCAGGCCCUGAGGAAGGCUCUUAUAGAAGACAGACAGAGGUUCUGCUGUUUCGUAGCCAUGCUGCGGCCUGUAGUGGAUGAGGAGAUUUCUAUGUUGGGAGAGGUCACCCAUCUCCAGGCUAUCUCUGAUGACCUCAAAGCCCUGACCUCUGACCCACACAAGCUUCCCCCUGCUAGUGAACAGGUGAUCUUGGACCUAAAGGGCUCAGACUAUGGCUGGUCAUAUCAAACGCCGCCCUCAUCCCCCAGCACCACCAUGUCCAGGAAGUCUAGCAUGUGCAGUAGUCUGAACAGCGUUAACAGUAGUGACUCCAGGGGAUCCAGUGGCUCUCACUCUCAUUCUCCUUCCUCCUCUUCUUCCUCCUCUUCCUCACACCACCUCUUCCACCACCACCACCCCCGCCAUCGGUACCGUAGCUCCACGCUACCCCAGCAGGCCCCGGCCCGGCUCUCCAGCAUCUCCUCCCACGACUCGGGCUUCAUUUCUUCAUCACACGACCAAUACACAUCGUCCAAAUCAUCCUCUCCCAUGGCAGCUGAGACCAAGCCUUGUCCCAGUUCCAGGUCCUCUGAGGUAUCAGAGACUGGGCAGCUCCACAGUGACUGCAGCUCCCCUUCUCCUCUAGCUGCUGCUAGUGCACCUCAGCACACUACUGACAAGUUGUCCAAUGGUUUUGACCACUACAGUCCGGCCAAUUCCCCCUACGUGCAUAGCAACGGGGGGAGUUUGGGCUCUGGGUCAGGCACUGCCUUUCCCUUCUACCCUCCUUCCUCCUCAUCCUACACCACCUCCUCCUGCCCCACCCGUUCAUGGUCACGUCCUGCCUCAGCCUUGCUGCCAGACCAAUCUCAAAACUGCAUAUUGGGCUCCCCCAUGGUGCCUUCAUCACGAGUCCCCAGCUGGAAGGAUUGGGCUAAACCAGGCCCUUAUGACCAGCCCAUGGUCAACACACUGAGGAGGAAGAAAGACAAGGAGACCCCGGCCAUAGUCGACACUAAUGGUAGUGUGAAUAAUGAUAGCAACCCCGCCUCCAUCUCCACCUCAGCACCAGCUCCAGCUGCACUACAAACAUCUGCAUCAGUGGAGGAGAAGAGCAGAAGUGUGUCUACACCUCUCAAGGCUGGUGAUAUUGAAGCCCAUGAGGAACUGGCUUUGGCCUUAUCCAGAGGUCUGGAGCUGGACACCCAGAGGUCCAGCAGGGACUCCAUCCAGUGUUCCAGCGGCUACAGCACACAGACCAACACACCCUGCUGCUCUGAAGACACAAUACCUUCACAAGUAUCAGACUACGACUAUUUCUCAAUGGCUGGAGAUCAGGAGCCUGAGCAGCAGCACUCUGACUUUGACAAGUCCUCCACCAUCCCGAGAAACAGUGACAUCAGUCAGUCCUACAGACUCAUGUUCCAGAGCAAACGGCCGGCCUCCACAGCCGGCCUGCCCAGCACACAGACUCCUUACCAUGGGCAGGGGGCCUACACCACCGGGCCCUAUCCCCCAACACCCAUCCACACUGGAGCCUAUCCUCCUACCCCUUCAGGUUCAGGUCAGGGAUUUUAUUCUGGAUCCAGCUCCCAUAACACCUCUGGCUCCUAUUCUUCAGGCCAUGGUCCAGUCAUCGUCACCCCGGGGGUUGCCACAAUCCGCCGCACCCCCUCUUCAAAGCCCUCAGCCCGCCGGUCAGCCUCGGUCGGAGGCACGGGCCCCAUCCCAAUCCGUACGCCUGUCAUCCCAGUGAAGAUCCCCACGGUGCCCGACAUGCCCGGAGCAGUUAACGGGAGCAGGAGCGCAGAGGACAUGGGAGGAGGACGAGGAGAAGAAAGCCCAGAUUCUCCGACAUUUGCAGGAGGGGAGGAUGCCGGCACGCUGCCCGUGAUGUCCUGGAGCGGUCAGGCUACGACCAAUCCUCCCACUGUAGCCCAGCCAAACCAGCAGCACCUUCAGAGUGAGGAAGGAGGUGCAGAGGAGGCAGGAGAAGAGUUAGAAGGCAACAUGCUGGUGGCUAUCCGCAAGGGGGUCAAACUGAAGAGAACCCUCACAAACGACCGGUCUGCACCGCGCAUCGCCUGAUGACAUCACAUCAGGAACAUGAGGUCGUGUCAAAGAAGUGAAGCUCUCCCUUCAUUGUGUUUGUAAAUGAGGUCAAAAGCUUUAGAAAAAAAAUUGCUAAUAGAAGCGCAAUGUACAGAAUCAAAAGGCUUCUUGCGCUAGUAUGAGAAAUGCUUUACAUCUGCUCCACAUGUAACAUUUCUCAUUCUGUAAAUUGUCACCUGUGAAGUCAUCUGUAAUUAUUCAAUAUAGAAAAUAUUUACAGUAGAUAUGCUAUUGUUCAGGUUCACAUUUUCUGAUUUGGCUUAUGACGCCUCAGAAAUUAUGAAAGCCAGGUUUGUUAAAAUAUUGGUUUGGACCUUAAGUGGAUCACAGGCCCACUUGUGGUAGAUCUGUGUAAGGACAGGGGUCAUUUCUUACAAAGGUCCUCGAGGAAAGGUUUUUGAGCCUAAGCACUAAAAUGUUUUUGCAAAUCCAAACCCACAGCUGUGAAAUGACAGUGUAAAACAAGAGGUUUUUGUUAAUAAAUCACAAGACGAGGUGAGAGUCGGUUCAUAGUAUGUUCAUUUCUUUAAGAGGACUGUAAAGACAUAUUUUACACACAUGCAUCCAGUAUUGUUCCUGAAUCAGAGGGUUGGACAAGGACAAUGUGUCUGCCUCUUCUCAGUGUAAAAAGACACUGUGUAUAAAAUGUGUAAACUCAUCGUGAGUGCAUUAUAUCACCGGGGGACUAAUAAGCAUCUGCAGAGUGACUUUGCAGAAGGAGCACAAUAACUACUGCAAGUACUCCGCAGCAUCAAGAGAGCAAUAUCCAGACACACUAGAGACUAGUCGGCUUUGUUUGCACCAUUUGGCAUCUCCUGAACUGCAUCGACCGCUUAUUUGGAGGGACACCAAAGCUGUCAUCCAAUCACAGCUCAGAUACUUCACUGCUUGAGAUGUCCACAGAGCCAACAUGAACAGGAGUAUGUUCUGUGCAUAAAGCUUCCUCACUAGCUAACGGCAUGGUGUUGCAGCCUGAGUUUCAUUCAAGUCCGAGUUGUGAGACACUCCCUUGUGACUGAAGCGUCUCAUGGUUGAUGCCAGCUGGUGACAAUAACCAAUACUACAAGUUACGUCCUGUUUUAGUUGUGUUAGUAUUUACAUGAUUUGUAAAUAAUUUUGCAUGUCUCUUGCUGAGGAGUGUGUCUGGUUUUUCUUGUGCUCCACGUUGCCACAAUCAGUUUCACAUCUUAAAAACGGGAUGUUUAUUGAUUUCACAUAAUAUUCAUCACGCCCUAUUACCUUUGCAUAUGUUUAUUUUCCAUACUUUUUUUCCCCAGUAUGAUUUAAUCAUUUAAUCUGCAACAUCUACAUGCUGAGCUUUGUAGAACUCCUCAGUGGUCUGUGUUUAUAUAUAUCAGCCCUUAUAUAUUAGCCCCUUCUUUCUUUGUAGCAUUUAUUAGCCACACUGCAACCUGCUGCGCAAUGAUUGCUCAUAACGUUACUAAUAAAUGUCAGAGUACACAUGUGCCAUGUCAAAACUCAAAUUUAUAUAUAUUAUUAAACAUUUUAUAGAGGUUAAUGAGGACAACUAUUUUUUUAUGUUUUGAAAGUUAUGAGUAGAAAACUAACUGGUAAUGCCAUACUGGUUAAAUGUUCUAUCUGCUUGCUGUUAUCUUGAACUCUUUGUUGUCUUCUUUGAUACACAUGUAGUGUGCAUGCUUAUGUCCUUUUUUGAUUAAUUAGGUUUUUACAUUUGUCAUCUCUAAUGCUGGUGUUUUUGUUAUUUUUGCAUUAGCAUCAAGGUUGACAAGUCAAAUGUGUACAGAAUUUGUUACCCUAACAAAAAUAUGAAAUCACUUCAAAAUCCAUUCACACACACUUUACAAUCUUCAGUUUUUAUGGACAAUAAGAUGUUUUGGAGAGGUGUUUCCUCUGACUGCAGCAUUGCAAAAGGCUGAAACCGAUUAGUAUCCCUGAGUCAUUGUCUGUUUUAAUUUCCAUUUCAGUUCAAGCACUGUGAGACCAUGGCUACUACAAGAUGUAUCAAGGUGUAAAUGUUGUUUAGCUGUUCAGGUUAGUCCACAAACUCACACAUUUUUAAUUUAUUUUCUUCUUAUCAGUCUUUAAAUCUUUUUUUCUCAACUUAUUUUUAUAUAAAGUAUCAGAUUAAUAUAGUUGUUUCCUCUAUCCUGUCCAUGCAUGUGCUAUCUGAUGAUGUGUUUUUCAUCAGUAUAAUGUUCAUGACCGUCAAGUCCCAUAUUUCAUACACAUGCAUAAUUGCACUGCAUUUUAAUAAUCUCAUAAACGCUGGCUACGAUGGAAGGAAAAGGAGCGACAUCAAAGUCUGUUCCUUUGACUCCCAGAAGUCAGAAAUGUGUUUAAAAACUGGUUAACAACUUCUGGUUUUAUAAUAGAAAAGCUUGCAUCAGUAUUAUGGGUUCGGAUUUUAGGGGAAAAUGGUAUUUGCACAAUGCAGAGCUGAGUUAAAUAUCAGUCAAGCGAUGCAUUUUCUUCAGAAUUGGUUUGCCUGAAUCAUCAUUUUAUCAUUUGUAGAGAUAAAUUGUUUUGUGUUUAACACAUAUUUUGGACGACUGACCUGAAAGUGGACUGAUGACAGUCCUGAUAUUGAAGUUUGCCGGAAAAAUGGUGACAUGCAAACAUUUAACUGUUCUCUGAGGAUGAUUUAAAUUUGACUGUACCCGGGUUGUUCACAAAUGGCUUCAGGUAAAAUGUUAUUAAACCAUAUUUUAUUCAGUUUGAACAAAUGGCCGGCUGCCCACAAUGCCUGAUCUCUGACCUGAGUUUUCCAAAGACAUCCAAGCAUGAACAUCCACUUGUUUCAAUAUUUUUCAGACAUCUGAUGUAUAGAAAGGUACAA